UUGGCCCCUUUCUAGGCUUCUCUUAAAUCAGUGCAAGAGUAGUCUUGCUUCUAGAGUAGAAAUGGGGUUUAUUUUAAAGGAUCUAGUCGGCGUGGUUGUACUUUUUGUGGUGUCGCUGGUCGCCAGGCUGCUGAGCGUGGUGCGGCUGAUUUUCCCGGCCGGCAAGAAGUCGGUCUCGGGCGAGAUCGUGCUGAUCACCGGGGCGGGCAGCGGGCUCGGCCGCGGCAUGGCGCUCAGCUUCGCCCGCCUGGGGGCCACCAUCGUCGCCUGGGACAUCAACAAGGAGGCGAACGAGGCGACUGUUCAGAUGAUCCGGCAGGAAGGAGGGAAGGCGUUCGGCUUUGUGUGCGACUGUAGCAAGAGGGAAGACAUCUACAGGGCCGCUCAGGAGGUGAAAGACAGCGUGGGUCACGUGACCAUCCUGGUGAACAACGCUGGGAUCGUGUCGGGACGGAAGUUUCUGGACUGCCCUGAUGACCUCAUCCAGAAAACCAUGGACAUCAACACCAACGCGCACUUCUGGACCACGAAGGCGUUCCUUCCGCACAUGUUGAAGAAAAAACACGGGCACCUGGUCAGCAUCGCGUCUGCUGCUGGGCUAGCGGGCAUGUCAGGGCUGGCCGACUACUGCACCAGCAAGUUUGGAGCUGUCGGGUUCGCUGACUCUAUCAGGGUAAGGCUGCACGAGGUGAAACAACAUGGCGUCCACGUGACCUGCGUGUGUCCAACUUACAUCAACACUGGAAUGUUUACAGGGGCAGAACUCAGGGAGGUGGCUAUUCUGGAGACAGAUCAGGUGGUUCAGCAGAUCGUGGACGCGGUUCUGCGGAACCAGUUCUGGCUGGUUCUGCCUCGCACGGUGGCCAUCCUCAGCGGCAUUCAGGGUAUGGUGCCGACGUUCCUCGCCGAUCUGGCCCAGAAGGCCAUCAACAUGCACGGCUCCAUGGACAACUUCGUCGGUCGUCAAGGCAACAAGAAGAACAGCGGUCGUCAAGGCAACAAGAACAGCGGUCGUCAAGGCAACAAGAAGAAGAACUGACGACUACAACACAAAUUUCCAGAUGUGCAAAUUGUGAGGACAACAAUAAAAAGAUAUCACAAUGAACAAGACAA